AACUUGGCGCGACGAAAAGAAAGGCGGCUGUGGUUGAAAGGCGCUGUGCUGCCUGCUCUGUAUUCAAGAGCGAGGGUUUUGGAUAGUGGAGGGCUGCUUCACCGUUUCCAUCAAUGGCGAAGAGGAAGGAGAGACAGGUGAACCCGGAACCCUUUGAUCCCGACGGCAAUGAGUCCGUCAAAUCGAGGACUCGUUCCAAAGCUGCCAAACAUCACCAAAAGGGAGAUAAGCUUAUUUCUUCCAGUAUUAGCUCCAAAAUUAUGAAGGAGGCUAGGCUUCAGCAGAAGGAGAUUGAGGAGGAAGCUGAAGCUGCCCGAGGAGACGCCAAGAGCGCGUUCUUUCAAGUUGAGGAACCGCCGAAAAUCGAGGAUGAUGAUGAUGAUAUUGAUGAAUUUGCUGGGUUCUCUGAGACCCUGAGUCAAUUUGAUGGAAACAAUGAAGAGAUUGAUGAGGAGGACGAGAGAAUAAUGGAGGCAUUCUUAUCGAAAGACCAGGGUCGGCAGCGAACACUUGCUGAUCUCAUUGUCGAAAGAAAGGAAAAGGACGCAGCUAUUGCUUCUGUUGUUCAAUUUAUUAUUUUGUUUUGCGUGCAGAAGUGCGACCAGAAAAAGGCAGAACGCUUCUACAAGCUUGUACUGCUCCCAAGAGUGAGAGAGGAUAUAAGAAAGAACAAGAGAUUGCAUUUUGCUUUAUAUCAAUCACUGAAAAAGUCACUUUACAAACCUGCUGCAUUCUUUAAGGGAAUAUUGUUUCCACUAUGUGAGUCACGUACAUGCACUCUCAGAGAAGCAGUCAUCAUCGGAAGCAUUAUACAAAAGGUUUCCAUUCCUCCACUUCAUUCAAGUGUAGCACUGUUGAAGCUUGCAGAGAUGGAAUAUUGUGGAACAACAAGCUAUUUCAUAAAGCUUCUUGUGGAGAAAAAAUAUGCUUUGCCAUAUCGCGUGGUUGAUGCUGUUGUUUCUCAUUUUACGAGAUUUGUUGAGGAAACAAGGAUAAUGCCCGUUAUAUGGCACCAAUCACUUCUUGCAUUUGUACAGAGGUACAAAAAUGAACUGCGGAAGGAAGAGAAGGAUAAUUUAAGGGAUCUACUGGAUAAGCAAAAGCAUAGAUUAGUUACCCCUGAAAUUAUCCGGGAGCUAAACCACAGCCGUAAUAGAGGCGAGAAGGAGGAUGAUCUAAUGUCUAUUUCAUCUCCCAUCUCUUUUAUUAACAAACCUAUUGAAGAAGACAGAUUUGACAUUCCAGAGGUGCCAAUGGAAGAGGACUAAUUUGUAUCUGCUUGCAAUAGGGUAUUGUAUGGCUAUCAUGGAAUCAAAGGCUAGGUUUCUGUUGUAGGCAUCUUAAUGGUUUUGCCCCGUCAGGAUUUCUUUGGAGAUGGGCAGUCACAGCAGUCUAACUGAGGGAGCUAAAUAGUGGUGCCUCGCAGUUCUGAGAAUAUUCGUUGCUUUAUGGAAUUGAAAUUUUGAUCCCAAGGCCUUGAGAAAUGACGUGGCGCCAUUUUUCCGAUGUAAUUUUUUUUUUCCCUGCUGAUGGGUAUUUGAUUGAUGCCUUCGAAAGUUUUUGGAAUGGAGUCUCAUUGCUGUGUAUCAUAGAGAAGCAUAGCCAAAAGAGGAUAUUUAAGCGUAGAGGAAAUGGACUAUCAAAAACUAUUUCAUCAUAUGUUCUGGAGUACUGUAAAAUUUUAUAACAUAUUACAUCUGAUCCAUGUUCUUACCAUAGUGAGCAUCAAUAUGUGGAGAUUGAGAGUGUUGAAUUUUAUUUCCUAAUUAGUGUGGGUUUUAUGGGGUAUACCAAUUUUUUUUUAAAAAAAUAUAUUCAUAAUUUACAUGUC